AUUUGGGUUUUCUUGCCCACAACCUUUGUACAUUCUCUCACUUUACACCAUUAAUGUGUGUUUUUCACAUUUUUUACAUCACCUUUUUUGUAGUAAACUGUGUGAAAAUGUGGAAACUGUAAGAAUUUCUCUAGAUUUAAAGUUUUUAACCUAUCUUUAUCUAAAUUGCUUUAUACAUUUCGUGUUGUUCUUUUCUUCCUUAAUUUAGGGAAAACACAGAGUGUGGCAUCAUAUGCUUAACUCUCACUGUCAACCAAAAAAAAAGAAAGAACUGCAGCAAAUGGAUGAGCUUUAAUUUAUUUGGCAUUCACAUUUAUUUAGUGAAUUUGAUAGGGAGGAAUUAGAGUUGUUGGUUCUUGCAUUGUGCAAAGAAAUAUCAGUGUACUGAAAUGCGCAAAGUGGGCAAAAAUUUGCUUGUUUUUAUUUAUUUCCAGUUGGAAAUCAGAGGUAUUAGUCGGUGGCUGUUAGGUGUUUUCGCAUAAUAUAACUUCAUCUUUAUAUGUGCUAGUUCCGUUCCUCUGCACCUUUGUCGUCAGUUUUGGAGCUGUUUCUGUAGGGAUCUGCGCUUAAAUUUCGGUGAUUAUUGACAAUUUAAGGCAAAGAUUGCAUUCAAGAACCAUGUAUCUUGACUAUGGAAAGUGCUGGGGCGCUUCAACGAAAGACUCUUGGAAGAGCACUCUGCUAUUAGCUUAUCAGAGCCUUGGUGUGGUAUAUGGGGACCUGAGCAUUUCCCCUCUUUACGUGUACAAGAGCACAUUUGCAGAAGACAUUCAUCACUCGGAAACGAACGAAGAGAUAUUCGGAGUUCUAUCGUUCGUUUUCUGGACCCUAACUCUCGUACCUCUGUUCAAAUAUGUUUUCGUAGUUCUUCGUGCCGAUGAUAAUGGAGAGGGUGGUACUUUUGCUCUAUAUUCCCUGAUAUGCAGGCAUGCUAAAGUUAGCCUUCUUCCAAAUGGACAAGUGGCCGAUGCGGCUCUCUCAACGUACAUACUUGAGCAGCCUCCUGAGACAAAGAACUACUCGAGAGUUAAAUUAGUGCUUGAAAAGUAUAAAUCAUUACACACUGCUUUAUUAAUUCUGGUUCUUCUUGGCACUUGUAUGGUCAUUGGAGAUGGACUCCUGACUCCAGCAAUAUCUGUUUUUUCUGCGGUUUCUGGGCUUGAAUUGUCGAUGUCUAAGGAUCACCACCAAUAUGCAGUGAUUCCAAUCACUUGCUUCAUCUUAGUGUGCCUGUUCGCUUUGCAACACUAUGGCACACAUCGGAUUGGUUCCUGUUUUGCACCAGUAGUAUUGAUUUGGUUGCUAUGCAUCAGUACCCUUGGCUUGUACAAUAUUUUCCACUGGAAUCCGCAUGUUUAUCAAGCGCUUUCCCCAUAUUACAUGUUUAAGUUUCUGAAGAAGACGAGAAAAGGAGGAUGGAUGUCGCUGGGUGGAAUUCUCUUGUGUAUUACUGGCUCAGAAGCAAUGUUUGCAGAUCUUGGACACUUCUCCUAUGCAGCAAUUCAGAUUGCUUUCACCUUUUUGGUCUAUCCAGCACUCAUAUUGGCUUAUAUGGGUCAAGCAGCUUACUUGUCAAGGCAUCACCACACCAUUCAUAAGAUUGGAUUCUAUGUCUCAGUUCCUGAAAGUGUGAGAUGGCCAGUACUCGUGGUAGCAAUACUUGCUUCCGUGGUUGGAAGUCAGGCGAUAAUCAGUGGAACGUUCUCUAUAAUUAACCAGAGCCAGUCGCUUGGUUGUUUUCCAAGGGUCAAAGUUGUUCACACCUCUGAUAAGAUACAUGGCCAGAUAUACAUCCCUGAGAUCAACUGGACACUAAUGAUUCUCUGCAUUGCAGUAACUAUUGGAUUUCGAGACACAAAACACAUGGGAAACGCGUCAGGUUUGGCUGUAAUGGCAGUGAUGCUGGUGACUACUUGCCUCACAUCAUUGGUCAUUAUCCUCUGUUGGCACAAACCUCCGAUUGUGGCCCUAUGCUUUUUGCUUUUCUUUGGAUCCAUUGAAUUGCUGUACUUCUCAGCUUCCCUGAUAAAGUUCCUUGAAGGUGCUUGGCUUCCCAUCCUCCUUGCGCUAUUCCUUGUCACUGUCAUGUUUGUUUGGCACUAUGCAACCAUUAAGAAAUAUGAGUACGACCUCCACAAUAAGGUUUCGUUAGAAUGGCUAUUAGCCUUAGGUCCGAGCUUAGGCAUUGCUCGGGUGCCUGGCAUUGGCCUCGUGUUCACUGAUCUCACGUCGGGUAUCCCUGCCAACUUUUCUCGUUUUGUCACCAAUCUCCCUGCUUUCCACCGUGUCCUUGUAUUCGUUUGUAUAAAAUCAGUUCCAGUACCGUUUGUUCCCCCAGAUGAGCGAUACCUUGUGGGCCGUGUGGGCCCUCCAGCUCAUCGCUCGUAUAGGUGCAUUGUCCGCUAUGGAUACCGGGAUGUUCACCAGGAUGUUGACUCUUUCGAAUCUGAACUUAUUAAUAGGCUGGCUAAUUUCAUCCGCUAUGAUUGGUACAAGUCACAUGGCAUUGCAGAUGUAUGCAAUGAGGAUGAUGGUUCUCGAUCCGGCUCAUCAUCGAGUGAGUGCAGAUUGGCCGUGAUAGGAACAGUGACAUUCUCUGGCUUACCUGCAUUCGAUAUUGAGGGAAGCAUACAACCAGCAAGCGUGUCCAUCAGGUUCCCGACAACCGACAGUACAUCAGAUGCAAUCGAAAUGGAGCCUGUCAGUGUUGCAGAACGACGAGUGAGGUUCGCGAUUGAUAACGAGUUGGAGACCGAUACACAAUCAGAAACAGAUGUUCGACUGCAGGAGGAGGUACAAGAUUUGUAUGCAGCUCAACAAGCUGGAACUGCGUUCAUUCUUGGACACUCACAUGUAAGGGCAAAACAACGAUCUUCUCUCUUAAAGAGGCUGGCCAUUAAUUUUGCUUAUAAUUUCCUCAGAAGGAAUUGCAGGGGGCCAGAUGUGGCUCUAAAGGUGCCUCCAGCAUCUCUCCUUGAGGUUGGCAUGGUUUAUGUUGUGUAAGCAAUGACUUGAAGUAUUGCUAUUGCUCCUCUUAUAUAGUGUAGUGAUGUUUAAUGUACAAGAAAUCUGAUUUUGCAAAAUUUAUAGAAAAUUUCCUUCAAAAGGGUCUUCAUAUAGCCCUAUAGUUGGUGCCUGUCUACUUUCUUUCCUCUUCCCUUUGUGAAGCUUAAUAUAAUUGGUAGCCCCCAUAUUCUUACUCAUGAAGGAUUUUGUGGAGUGAAUUUUGAGUAGGUGAGAGGUGUGAAAAAGAUCUUGUAAUAUUCUCUUUUCUGGUGGAAAAUUUGAAUUGGAUAGUAACGUAGCUCUUGCAAUGA